GUGGCAACACAGAUCCACUGCUCCCCUGAGAAAACUGUUUGCUAUGGCAAAUGUAGGAAACAUGCGUCUCUGCACGUAGAAGACAUCAGGAGAUGCUAUUUUCUUCAGCUCCAUUGUUUGUGCAGAAAAAUGAAUCGUUAAUACAUAGUGGCUUCAUAGUGCUAUUUGAGCAAGGUUUUUUUGCCUUUUAACUAGCAAUGGUUUUAUACACCAAGGUUGAGUUGAGCCAAGCCAAUUAGUCAAAGAUAUCACUUGCAUUAAAUGUGUUUAAGUGGUGCAUGAAAUUAUAGUUCAUAGCAUAUCAGCCAUAGGUAGAUAGAUAUAAUAGAUAGAUAAAAAUAAAAACCACCACCAACAUAUAUCCACAAAUCCCAAAAUAUCCAUACAAAACACAUACACAAAAACACAUGACAUGACAUGAGAGCAGGACACUGGGUGCCCAGCCUUGAGAACCGGGGCGGUGGGUUAAAGAGUCUUUUAUGGCAUGUUAUUCUUUCAGUUUUCAAGCCAAAACAUCAAUUAUGAAAAACCCCAGGCAGAGAGAGCCCCAAAAGUCAGUUGUGUCUCUAUAUAAAUGUUCAGCAUCGAGUUUCUAUCAGUUAUAUCUGGACAAUGUCUUUGGUAACAUGGACCUACUGCUUCCUCACAAUGUGUUCAGUGUUGGCUACUAACACAAGUUGCCCAACCUGGCACUACUACCACAAUGCCACAGGACAGUGUGAGUGUGGAAAGUGGUUGACCUGUAGCAGUGACAGCAACCAGGUGGACAUCAGAAAUGAUUGCUGUGCAACACCCUUGGGGGAAGACGGUGAUUACUAUGUUGGCUUUUGUCCAUUAGCACACACUGUCAACAGUAGCAACAGAUUGUAUUCAGAGAUGCCCAGCAAUGCUAGCCAGUUGGAUGAGGUGAUGUGUGGUCCUUACAACAGAAGAGGUUUGCUGUGUGGGGAGUGUAAGGAAGGCUACGGUCCUGCUGUUUAUUCAUUUGACCAGAAAUGUGCCAAAUGCUCAAGUCUCUGGUCAGGAUAUGCCAUCUGUCUAUAUCUGUUUUUUCAGUUUGUUCCAACAACAUUCAUUUUAAUUUGUUUCGUUGUCAGUCGUCUAAACAUCACCUCAGGCCCACUUCUGGGAUAUGUGCUUUUCUGUCAGGCAACAGCAGCAAUCAGAACUUAUCAUUAUUAUUUCCUGUAUGGCUACAUAUACAAUCACGUGGCUUUAUCUCUGAGAUUAUUGCUAGACUUUAUAGUGGCAGUGUCUGAGUUUUGGAGCUUAAACUUUUUCAAGGUCAUAAUUCCACCGUUUUGUAUCAGUGAGAAACUAACUGCCAUCCAUGUUCAUGUGCUUAAUCUAAUACCAGCCAUUUACCCACUUGUCCUGGUCAUAAUCUCCUGUGUUCUGAUGGAGCUGCAUGCAAGAAAAUACAGAAUUGUUGAAAUUCUGUGGAAGCCUUUUAAGAUCAUUCUCAGUAAGACCAACAUUACAGGAGUGACUAGCGAUGCUGUGUUUCGUGCCUUUGCGUCAUUCAUCUUCCUUUCUAAUAUUUCCGUGAUGUUUGCUUCAUAUCAGAUGGUGAAUUUUGUUACAGUAUACAACUCUGUUGGGCUUAUUCAAAGUGAAGUCCUUUACAUUGAUCCUACAGUGGAGUGGACGGAUUCUAUCCCAUACGCACUCACCGCUGGUGUACCGAUAUCUGUCAAGGUUUCUGAGUGCCAGGAAACGACUGGCCAUCACAGCAUUUGCUGAGGCUCUCCACAGCUGUUUCAAAGAUGGUCUGAAUGGAACUCGUGACUACAGAGCACUGGCUGGAGGGACAGUUUUUGUUGUUUUGCUUUCCUCUCUAAUAGGCAUGUGUUUCAGAUACAUUUUUGAUCCAGUGUCUCUGAAUUUGUUGAAACAAUGGUGUGGAUGACACUAGCUUGUGUAGUCACAUAUUUGAAGCCUUGCAAGUCAGCAGUUGCAAACUUGUCUCUCGG